ACCAUAGAAGUCCCGUUCGGGCUGCAAGCCUCUUAGGCUACCGCAACAUCAACAUCCUCACCAUCAACAUCCUCACCGUGGACCAAAGUGGGAUUGACAGCAUUAGAGCAAGGAGCUUCAAAUUGGUCGAUGCUGGUCCUGAUGCAAGACGCAUCGGUGAAUACGGGAAGUCUUUAACCAAUGUUUGACCACGAAAAGGGGAACUCGCAUUCAAAUCGACGCUAUCAAACGAUAGCAGCCAGACCAUUCGUCAAUCUAUUGUUUUCCUUUUAAGCAGGUAACGUUAAACUAGGAUUCUGCCCAGCGCCAAUCGUUGAAUUAACAGGGAUGUCGAUCGAGAUUGAAUUUCAGCGAAUGACAAAGGAAAGAAGUGCUUAAUUCCAUCUCAGUAAAAUUGCAGUAAACUUCGCGAUAGUUAGCCUAGAGAAAGUUAUUUGGGUUAUCUGGUUGGAAAUAACCUAGUGCUGUGGACAUGGCGGAUGCUGCUGAGUGCGGUGUAAAAGUGAUGUGCCGAUUCAGGCCUUUGAAUGAAUCGGAAACCAACAGAGGAGACAAAUACAUCCCGAAAUUCAAAGGCGAAGACACGGUGGUAAUAACGGGCAAGCCUUAUGUGUUUGACCGAGUCCUGCCACCCAACACAGCCCAGGAGCAGGUCUAUGAUGCCUGCGCCAAGCAGAUCGUCAAAGAUGUGUUGGGUGGAUACAAUGGAACCAUCUUUGCCUAUGGCCAGACCUCAUCAGGCAAGACUCACACCAUGGAGGGCAAGCUCCAUGACUCCCAGCUGAUGGGUAUCAUCCCCCGUAUCGCCAGGGACAUCUUUGACCACAUCUACUCCAUGGACGAGAACCUGGAGUUCCACAUCAAGGUCUCCUAUUUUGAAAUCUACUUAGACAAGAUCAGAGACUUAUUGGAUGUGUCAAAGACCAACCUAGCAGUGCAUGAGGACAAAAACAAGGUGCCCUAUGUUAAGGGCUGUACGGAGCGCUUUGUGUCCAGUCCAGAAGAGGUUAUGGAUGUCGUCGAUGAAGGAAAAUCCAAUCGUCACGUGGCUGUUACAAACAUGAAUGAGCACAGUUCUCGCAGUCACAGCAUCUUCCUGAUCAACAUCAAGCAGGAGAAUGUAGAGACAGAACUGAAGCUGUCAGGAAAACUCUACUUGGUGGAUCUGGCUGGCAGUGAGAAGGUCAGUAAAACUGGGGCAGAGGGAUCUGUGUUGGACGAGGCCAAGAAUAUCAAUAAGUCCCUCUCCGCCCUGGGGAACGUCAUAUCAGCUCUGGCCGAGGGAACUAAAACCCACGUGCCCUACAGAGACAGUAAGAUGACCCGUAUCCUGCAGGACUCUCUGGGGGGAAACUGUAGGACCACCAUCAUCAUCUGUGCCUCCCCCUCUGUCUACAAUGAGGCUGAGACCAAGUCCACCCUCAUGUUUGGACAGAGAGCUAAGACCAUUAAGAACACAGUGUCAGUGAACCAAGAGCUGACAGCUGAGGAGUGGAAGAAGAAGUACGAGAAGGAGAAAGAGAAGACUAAAGGCUUGAAAUACGUGAUCCAGAAGCUUGAGACCGAGCUCAAACGCUGGAGGAAAGGUGAGGCUGUUCCAGUGGAGGAACAGCUGAGCAGUAAGGAGAAGAAGAGCAACAGUGGUGACGCCAUGGCCACGCCCAUGAUUGACACCAUCGCCCCACCCCCUAUCCCGCUAUUGGACGAGGAGAAGAUCCGAUACGAGGGGCUCAUCACCGACUUGUACCAGCAGCUGGAUGACAAGGAUGAUGAGAUCAACCAACACAGUCAGCUGGCGGAGAAGUUCAAAGAGCAGAUGAUCGAUCAAGAUGAGCUGCUGGUUUCGGCCCGUAAGGACUAUGAGAAGCUGCAGGAGGACCUGUCCAGGCUGCAGAGGGAGAACGAGGCAGCCAAAGAGGAGGUGAAGGAGGUGCUGCAGGCCCUGGAGGAGCUGGCUGUUAACUACGACCACAAGAGCCAGGAAGUGGAGAACAAGAACCGCUCCAACAACCAGCUCAGUGAGGAACUCAACCAGAAGAGCACCACUCUGGAGGGGGUGCAGAGGGAGCUGUCCAGUCUACAGGAGCUCAGCAGUCACCAUAAGAAGAGAGCAGCAGAUAUCCUCAGUCUACUGCUCCGAGACCUCAGUGAGAUAGGAGGCAUCAUCGGCACCAGUGACCUCAAGGCUAUGAUGGAGGUGAAUGAGGUCAUCGAGGAGGAGUUCACCAUGGCCCGUCUUUACAUCAGCAAGAUGAAGUCGGAGGUCAAGUCUCUGGUGAACCGCAGCAAACAGCUGGAGAGCUCCCUUGUCGACACCUCCCGCAAGAUGCAGGCCAAUGAGAAGGAGCUGGCCUCCUGUCAGUUACUCAUCUCCCAGCACCAGGCUAAGAUCAAGUCUCUGACAGACUACAUGCAGAACAUGGAGCAGAAGAAGAGACAGCUGGAGGAGAGCCAGGACUCCCUGAUGGAAGAGCUACACGCACUACAUGCACAGGAGAAAAUGAAAGAGGUACAUGUGAUGGAUAAGCAGAAGGAGCACCUGACCAAACUGCAGGAUGCAGUGGAGAUGAAGAAGACCCUAGAGGAGCAGAUGGAGAACCACAGAGAGGUGCAUCAGAAGCAGCUGUCUCGCCUGCGGGAUGAGAUCGACCACAAGCAGAGGGUCCUGGACGAGCUCAAGGAUCUGAACCAGGGGCUGCAGCUGGAACAGAGCAAGCUGCAGUCAGACAAUGACAAACUGAAGGCCGAGGAGCUGGAGAAGGACGAGCAACUGCAGAAGCUUGUCUUCUUGAAUGAGAAGAGAGAGCAGGCCAAGGAGGACCUGAAGGGGCUGGAAGAAACUGUGGCCAAGGAGCUUCAGACCCUGCACAACCUGCGCAGGCUUUUCAUUCAAGAGCUCACCUCCCGCGUCAGCAUGAGUGCAGAGAUGGAUAAUGAUGAGGCUGGGGGCAGUCUGGCUCAGAGACAGAGGAUCACCUUCCUGGAGAACAACCUGGAGCAGCUCACCAAGGUCCACAAACAGUUGGUGCGUGAUAACGCCGACCUGCGCUGUGAGCUGCCCAAGCUGGAGAAACGUCUGCGGGCUACGGCUGAGAGAGUCAAGGCCUUGGAAGCAGCCCUGAGGGAGGCCAAAGAGAGUGCCAUGAGGGACCGCAAACGCUACCUGCAGGAGGUGGACCGCAUCAAAGAGGCCAUGCUCUCCAAGAAUGCCUCCAGGAGGGGGCACUCUGCACAAAUAGCUAAGCCCAUCCGUGCUGGACAUCAGCAGCAGUCCACAUCCUCUCCCUCAGCGGGUCAUUCCAUCCGUGGAGGCUCUAUCCGCGGGGGUGGAGGGGUGUCCAGCCCUCACCACCACCGCCACCCGGCCUCUCCAUCACCCCACCGCCAGCAGCAGCAGCAGCGCAGCAAAUAAAGCACAGCUGCAGGUGGAAGCUGGAUUUUCCAGCUGGAUGUACAGACCAUAUCUCCUCUCCAUUUGGGACCGGACCCCACUCCAGAACUGUCUGGGAUAUUCUCUUUCCCCAUGGACCUUGCUAUCUCUCUCUCUCUCUAACCACUGGGACCAAUCCUCCUCUCCUUCUCUCACCACUCUGCCUUUACUGGGACUCCAGACUCCUCAUUCCUGAAAAUAAAACACACUCUGUAAGCCAGAUAUCUUUAUUAAUAGGUCUCCUAUCCUCAUGGUCAAGAGGAAAGAGAGGCUCUGUAAUGCUGAACAAGUGCUUUUCAUCUUUCGCCUUCUUGAAUCUCUCUCAAUCUGCUUCUGUUUCUGGUGCUCUAUCGAUAUUCCUCUCUCUCUCUCUCUCUCUCUCUCUCUCUCUCUCUCUCUCUCUCUCUCUCUCUCUCUCUCUCUCUCUCUCUCUCUCUCACACACAUGUGUAAUGAGCUCCUAUAUGUUGUUGAGGGUGAUGUCUCUCUGGUGCUUGUUCAGUGUUGUAUCUUGUGAAACAAGCUGGUUUUCCUUUAAGAUAAAUUAUGAGAAAAAGGUGGUUUAGAGGGUAACAUUGAACAUGGUUGUUUAGGGGUUUCCGUCUAACACCAAUACCCUCAGAAACAAUAGAAGGGACACGUUGUUAAGGGUGAACGUAUGGAGACACAGUUAGUAUUGUAUUGUGUCUUAGAAUCGACAGUGUUUUUUGAUGAAUGUUUAAGAUCACCUUUAAAAGUAGUGGUUUUGAAAGUAGCACUCUGUUUUGUACUGAAUUUUGUUGAUUUAAUUAUUAUUAUUUGCGCAACUUUGAUGAAGAUAUCUGCUAUUUAUUUUACACAUUUUAUUUAUGCAACAUUGAUGUUAGUUAUUUGAACAUGUGCUUUGACAAUAUCACACACUACUGAAGUCACGUGAAGAUGCUAUGGUCAUACUUUACUAAUCUACUCUGCUUGAGAUGCAUAUUGUUAAGAUACAGAUCACCUGUCUUAUUGUAAACAUUUCUAAAUCAGGGUAUGUAUCCCAUAUGGUUUUAAUAAUUGUCAAGCCACAGUAACAACAUUUUAAGACCGCAUUGGAGCAGAUUGUUGAGACAGAACUUUGAAUUUCCUGCAAAUAUUUUAUAUAUACUUGGUUUCCGGGGCUUUGAGUCUUUUCAUUUGUGUUACAUGCAGACCAAAUCGAAUACAUUAAUGAGGUGCUAUGAAGCCAAAACUGACGGAUCGUACAGUUUAUGAACAUUUCCAAGAAAUGUGAGGAAUUAGACCUAAAAGAUAUAUAGGUAUUUUGUAAUGCCUAACAUGGUUAUUAUACCGCAUUUCCUUCCUUUGCUGGGUUUCGUGUUUUGCUGCUUUAGACUGAAUGUCUCACAUGCCAGGUUGUUAUUUUAAAAGAAGGUGUAUCGUCAAUUAUCUUUAUAAAUGAAGGUGGAGAAAAAGAGGAUGGAAUGCCUGUGGUAAUCUGAAGUUGAAGAGAUGAUGAGACGUGUGAUUGGUUGUUUCCCCACUGCAAUGAUGCUGAUCAGCCCAUCAGUAGAUCUGGCAGUGUAUGGGCUCGUCGGAACUGAAGUGUUUUGAGUUCUAGGGUUUAUCAGGGAUUUCAUGUUUGGUCUUUCUGGAUUUACUCUCUCCACUCUAAAGAAGUAACACAAUCAGAAUGGUUUACAAAUUAUAUAAGGUUGUCAUUGGUCUGGGAUCUUGAGUAUUUCCUCCAUGUCUACUUGUGGUCCACCUGUAUUCAUGGUGCUAAAGGAUAUUCAGACUCAUGUUUUUGUAUAUAUCUGCUCUCUGUCAUAUAUCAAAUCAAGUGCUUUUCGACUGCCUCUUUCAUUCUAGUUCACAAAGUCUAAAUAAGUGUUUUUUCUGAACUUCGUAUGUGUUAAGGAAAAAAAUGAAGUCACAUUUCACAUGGUUCGUAAACAACAAGUGUAGACUAACAGUGAAAUGCUUACUUACGGGUCAUUUUCCAACAAAGCAGAGUUAAAAAGAUAAAGAUUCAAUGUUUUUUUUUAAUAAUGUCUAAAUACACAGUGAAUAAUGAGUUCUGCUGUUGUGAAAUGUGUUCUAUUAAGGUGUCUUGGAACAGGGUCUUGCAUUCGUUCACCUCUCAUACUGGUUUCCUGUUGAAAGUCAUGCAUUAAUUUACUUACACAUAUGAAUGACCCUUCCUUAAGGUAUUAUCAUGAUGACUGAAGGAUGACUGUUGGCGUCUGUCAAAUUCCUGAGCUGAAUGUCAUUUCCUGUUUUAAAUGUAAUUUAUCUUAUCGCUUCUCUCUCGCUCUCUCUCUCUCUCUCUCUCUCUCUCUCUCUCUCUCUCUCUCUCUCUUCUCUCUCUCCAUCUGUCGCUCUUGCUUCUGAAGUGUCUUUGGUCACUGUUAGUAACUCUUAGUCUGAAACAUUUGCAAAGAAAGCGCUUGUGAGUCAACUAUCAAUGAGGUUUAUUGUACAAGGGACAAUCUUGUUCAGACAACGGUUUUCAUAAGUUAAAGAGAAACUCUUGACAUAAAUCAUAUUUAGCCAUUUGUCUCAUCAUACGCCAUAUGUUCACCACAAGAUGUAUCCCUGUCCUGUACCUAAUAGGCUUCCACACUGUUCUGUUCAGACAAAAUAGUGCUGUUGAUGAUGACUGCAUGGUGUAAGAUAGCAAUUUCAGAUGUCAAGAUUCAUUCAAAUAAAGACAGAUAAAACUGAACAAGUCUGGUGUUAGCCAACAUAAUAGCCUAUUUCUUUCCCUUUACUUAUUUAAAUAGGCCUACAUGAUAAUCUUGGAUCCAUAGACUGAACACUUUGUUUCAAACACAAUAAAAAUAUUAAUAUAAUCUA